AUGGCAAUGGCUUCGUCUAGAUACAUCUGCAGUCGUUGCUUUCCUUGUCCUAGGAAUAGGAAUACGAAUCUUUAUCGUCGGUUAGACUUCAACAGUGGCUCCGCCUCAGUCUUCGCCGUUUCCCGUGGUUUCUCCUCACUUUCUCUUGCCCUUAGGAGUCCAGGGCCUCCCCGGAGUAUCUGUCAGAGUCGCAGCCAAUCCCGCAGCUCAAAUCGCAGUCAGCAUAAUCGCAACGUCACAUCGCCCCGUGCGACUGCUACUUCGUCAUCGUCUUCUUCCUAUUCCACCCAAUCCUCGCAAUCGGUAUCUUCGUCUUCGUCUUCGUCUUCGUCGUCUCCGUCGCCUAGGUCCUCGGGCCCGCCGCAAUCCCGGACCCCGUCCUUCGAUCGUGAAGUCGCACAGCUCGCCACCUUACCCCUUCACCCGCUCACACUCUCAGAUCUCGUACGUUUCGGCAAACCCCCACUCUCGCCGGACCUCUUACUGGCUUCUGCUUCGUUCACCCUCCGGGUCCUCCCAAUCCGUAUCGCCAGACGUAUACUAUCUCUCCGUAACCUCCCCUAUAUCGUCGUCUCAAACCCCCACAUAUCGCAGAUCUACAAUAAUUACCUCCACUCCCUGCGUCUGCUCCUCUCCUUCCCGAAAGAAAACUUUCCGAGCAGUCUAAAAGAAGAAGCCCGUUUCAAUGACGUGCUUUCAGAGAUUGUAGACACACAUAGUAAUACGAUACCUAGUCUAGCAAGAGGCUUUUCAGAAUGCAAACGCUAUGUUGCACCGGAUGUCACCACGGACUUCCUUGAGGAGCACUUGCGUGCUCGGAUUGGUACUCGCCUGCUAGCAGAGCAACAUUUGGCUCUCCAUGAUGCCUCCUUGACAUCCGAUGGCCAUACAUUGCCCGGUGUCCAGGCCACUGACCCUAAAGCCUCGUUAUCAACUUACAUCGGCACGAUAGACACACACCUCAACCCAACAUCGAUUGUCAAGUAUUGCGCAGACUUUGUAGGAGACAUUUGUGACAUGAAAUAUGGUGUUCGUCCCACCGUUAUAGUCGAUGGCAUGACUGAUGCGAAGGUUGCAUAUGUGCCGAGUCAUCUAGAAUACAUUCUUACCGAGCUUCUAAAGAAUGCAUUCAGAGCAACGAUUGAGAAAGGAAAUGUGGAUAAACCAAUUAUAGUCACUAUUGCGAGUGCGGGGAUGGAGAGAUAUGACGACGGAAGCGAUAGCGAUAGCGAUGACGAAGGCAGCUCAUCCCCGACAAAGAUGCUAGAAAAUGGGGAGUCAUCAGGAAUGCAACAAGAUGAUUGGUUUAGUGGUGUACGACCUGGUACGGAAGUACAGGGCGAUGGAUUGAAAAGCGAUAUCUUGGGAAUAUAUGGGAGCUCGGGAACAGGUGAUAGCAGUGGCGCAGAUACCAUCAGGGCUGAAGCCGCUAGGGCUGUGACUAUUCGGAUUAGAGACCGUGGCGGCGGGAUUGCACCGGAACAUCUACCACUGAUAUUCAAGUACAGCUUUACUACUUUCAAUAAUUCGACCACAGUCGGAGGGAAUGGUGGGUAUGGGGCCAACGAUGCAGGUGGGUUAGAUGUCAUUAGCACCGCGAUGAACGAGGUGGAGUCAAGUACAAUUGCUGGACUGGGCUUCGGAAUGGGGUUGAGUAGGAGCUACGCGCAGUUCUUUGGGGGUGAUCUCAAGGUGGAGAGCUUGUUUGGGUGGGGCACGGAUGUAUAUUUGGGCUUGAGGGGGUUGGACGUUGAUAGGUAA